CUGCUGGGAACGGAAUCCCCAGGGCUGCCCCCGGCCCCCCGCUGCGCAUGCGUGUGAGGCCUCCCUCUCGGCGGCGGCGGCGGCGGCCGGGGCGUUUCCCGCUCCGCCCGGGGUCUGCGGCUGCGCAGAGCGGAGGCCCGGUUGGUGGGGGGGGCGGGACACACGACACGGGACCAUGGGCCUCGGUGUGGGCUAAGCCGGCCGCCGCCGCCGUGCCCUCCGACGGAGCGCCCCGGUUCCCCUCGCCGGUUGCAGAAAUGUCCAGGCGGGGGCGCGCCGAGGGGGCACAAUGAAUGGAGAUGCGCCCGGAGGAGCAGACACCGCGGAGGGCCCCGGGCCCGUGCCCGAAGGUUGGCAGCGCCACUUGCGUCGGGGAGCUGUGCACUAUGUCAGCCCGAGUGGCGUGGAGCUGGUGUCCCUGGAGCAGACCCGAACCUACCUCCUCAGCGACGACACCUGCAAAUGCGGCCUGUCCUGCCCCGUGCGGCUGCCUCAGGUUUUCAACUUUGACCCCUUGGCCCCGAUGACCCCAGCGACCCCGGAUGGCACCGGGGUGGUCGAGGAAGACAUGACCAAGCUGUGCAACCACCGCCGGAAAGCUGUUGCCGCGGCGACGCCGCCGGCCCCCCGCGCCCUGCUGGCGGAUGGAGAGAGUUCUUCCGUCCACGCUGCCGGCACCCGGGGCCGCCCGCCAGCCUCCAACGUCUCCGGCCGUCUCCCCCGCCAGCUGCCCCUCGGUCUGGCCGUCACCCGCUGCGGCAAUGCCUUAAGGUCCCCGGGCCCCCCUCCGCCCCCCGGGUCUAGAGCCCCCGACCGCUGUCCCCUGAGUCAGCCUUCUGGGGGACUCGCGGCCUCCUCCCCGGCCAGGGGCCUUCCGCCUGCGGCCUCCCCUCGGCCCACCUCCAGCACUUUACAGGGCCGCAGGCUGCGGGCGCCCACGGCCCCCAGCCCGGCCCCCUCCGCCGUGCCGCCUCUCGCCUCCCCUCCCCUCCCUCCCGUACUGUCCCUGCUGCGGCCCCUGCCUCGACCUCCCCUCCGCCCUCCCACCGAGAGCUUGAGGGGGGCCGGGGCCACUGGGGCCGCGGGAGCUGCCGGCCUGCGCCCUGGGCGUCCUCGCACCCCGCCUGCCUCCGCCGGGGUCCCCGGCAGCAGCUGUGGCACGGGGACUGCUGGCUGUCGGGUAGAGCCGAGGCGGGGGCGGGACCCCUCUGCCGCAGGUUCCCCUUACCCACCGGCUGCCGCCUCCCUGCUCCCACCCGCUGGGGGAGGGGUUUUCUCCUGCAGCCCGGAGCAGGGCCUAGCCCUCGGCGGGGGCUCCCCGGAGCUGCUGGGGGCCUUGGCCCUCCCCGGCCCCCUGGGCCCACCCUCGGACUCUGGCUUCCUACCUUGGGGGUCACAGCCCCCUGAGCCCCUUCUGGGCGUCCCCCCUGAUCUAGGGGAGCCUCCGGGGGCUCCCCUGCUCCCGUCCCCCUCCAGCGGGCUGCUGGCCGCCCUGGUGCCCCUCCUCGGCCUGGAGCCCUGUCCGAGGACCCCCCAUCAGCCCGGUCUGCUGAGCCCUCCCCAGUCGGGCCCACCUACCUCCCACGUCACCACUGCGCCUAGUGCCCCUGGGCCCCCCACCUCAGGGAGACCCCCGCCGUUUCAGCCACUGCCCACCCCUGUGCUGAGCACGGGCCUAUUUGGGGAGCUGCCCUUGCUGACGGGGCCCCCCGGCCCCUUGGCCUGCCUGUUGCACAGUCUCCAGGUGCCCCUGGAGAAGGCUGGCCUGGGGCAAGGCCCCCCCUGCGACUUGGGAAUCGGCCACGGGCGGGGCACGGGGAGCCCACAGCCCCUCCGUGGCCGCGGGAGGGGCCGGCGGGGUCGGCGGCCCGGGGAGACGGGGCCCGGCCGCUGGGCCGUCCGGCUGGGAGAAGGCGGUUCGGCCGGGCAGCUGGAGUGGGCCUGCCCGUGGCGGCGGAAUGGGGAGCUGGGCAGCCGGUGCUCUCGCCGCCGUGGCCGCGGACGCCACGGAGCCAGGGGGGCCCCGGCCAAGGUACCCCUGCCUGACGAUCAGCUCAAGGUUCCCCCGAGGGGUCGGGGUCGGGGCCGCAGCCGCCAGAGGGGCAGCAACCGGCUACGCCCCCGCCGUCGCAGCCGCGCCGUGGCCGGCCCGCCACCCUGACGAGGACCGGGAGGACCAGGAGACUAGGCCUGUAGCUGCGCGGCCCCCCCCGCAGCCAGAGGGACAUGGCGCCAGCCACGGCCUGGCCCCCAACGUGCCCCCACUCCCCUCUCCCCCGCCCACCCCGGCCGGGACUCAGGUUAUUUCUGCACAGACCAUCUCCUUUGGGACGCGGGUCUGCCCCCGACCCCGCGGCCCAACGGGGGGACCUCCCUCUGCCCCCUCCCCUGAACAAAGCAAUAACCCCACCCAGCCUUGGGAGCAGACCAUAGGCCGGGCCCCCCCUCCCCCCCCUCCGCGUC